CCUGACGGUAUAUCGGCGGGCCAGGCUGCAGGGAGGACGCCGGAGAAAGCGAGUAGGAUUGUAGUAGAUUAUUAUGGCAGCCACAGGAGGAGGGAAAAUGAGAAGUAGGCGAUAUUACAUCGCUUCCAAACCUUAUGCAAAAAACAAGCAGCAAGGAAUUAUUAAGAGAGUGACAGACACAGUAAAGAAUAUAGUUCCUAACUGGCUGCAGAGAUACUUUACGAAUAAUGAAGAAACAGAUACACAGACACAGGAUCGUCAACAGACUGCACAAGAACAGGAAACAGAAGAAAAUGACCCCAUAAAUCUUGAGGAAGAUGACAUCUUGCACAUCCCAGUGGAACCAGAUGUCAUAGAACCUAGUGCUAGUAGCAGAGAGCAAUCAAUAAGUCGAUCUACUUUGAAUUCUCAAGACACACUGGCAAGGCCACCUCUUAAUCGAAGUCAUCUUAGCUUUCCCACACUGGACUCGCCCCUUUGUCAGCCUUCUACUUCGGCUGCAUUUCCAAUUGGCAGUUCAGGAUUUUCCCUUGUGAAAGAAAUCAAAGAUUCUGCCUCUCUGCAUGAAGAUGAUAAUAUCUCUACCACCAGUGGCUUUUCCUCUAGAGCAUCUGAUAAAGAUGUGACCACUACAAGAAAUUCUUCACUGCCAAUUUGGUCCACAGAAAUGGAUGUUACUAACACGGUUGUACAGCAGGCAGGUUCCAGUGUACGAAAGCCUGCUUUCAAUCUGUCUGUAUUUGGGGCAUCGUCGGCUUCUCCUGGGAGUAGUUCAUUGCUUAAUUCUAGUCGACUUGGUGACUCUCCCUUCUAUCCUGGUAAAACAACAUAUGGAGGAGCAGCUUCAGUAAAGUCAUUUAACUCCAGAGGUCGUGGUUGUCCUUAUCAGGCACCUGUUAGACAGCAGAUAAAGGCAAAGCAGACAUGUUCGCCAUCUUUUGGUGUGACAAGUGCCACAGCACGAAGAAUUCUUCAAUCUUUAGAACGAAUGUCAAGUCCUUUAGCUGAUGCUAGAAGGAUUCCGUCAUCUAAUAUUUUGCCCUUGCAUACGACUCUGGACAGUAAUGACCAAGAAUGCUCUUCACUUCAUUGCAAGAGGAAAAAGAUGGAUAUUUCAUGUCCUCCAGUUCAGAAUAUUGUGACACCAAAAGCAGCUUCUGUAGCAGUGAACAGGUCACACUUCAAACCAUCCUUAACUCCCACUGGUCGUUUGAGCAAAGUUAAUGAAACCAGUAUGAAAGAAAGGAUUCCACCAAAACAGUCGGGGCCUUUUCUCCCAGAUCCUACUAUGAGAGCAAGGAGCAGUUUUCCACUCAGCAGCACUCCAGCAUCCAAUGGAUUGCCUUCGGGAGGAGCAGGAGGAAAAAUGAAGAGGGAGAGACUAGGCCAUGCCUCAGUUAAAUUUUCACAGGAAGGACAGGUGAAAGUCCCAGACCUGCCACGUGUGGCAUUACCUAUUAGCAAGACCACAAUGCCUUCUUUUAGUUUUGAAUCUUCUCUGUCUUCAGAUGGUAUAUUCAAGGCUACAGCCGCCACAGCUUCUAACAAAGUGUCUUCUCCAGAUUUAAAUGGUACCGCUUUCACUUUUUCAUCACCCAUUGUCAAAGUUUCAGAGCCAAGUCUACCUCCUUUUAUGACAUCUCCUCCAUUCACCUUUAGUGCACCUCUUGCUAAAAAUGGUCCAAAUUUUAGUUUGGAUGUGCCUGUGACAUCUGCACUCACCCGAGGUAAAGCCAAGCAUACAUCUGCAUCUUCUGAUACUUCACCAGGAAGUAAAAAUGGUCAGGGUCUGAUCACAACAGCAAAAACCCUGAAGCAGGGCAGUGUGCUCGAUGUUCUCAGAGGACCUGAUUAUGCAUCUCCAUCUCAUCCACCUUCUUCAGAAUCUUCAGCUCAAACAAAACCUCUUCUGUCCAGUGCUGAAAGCCAUGUCUCGCAAGGUUUAACAAGCUUUGAUAAAUUUAAACCAGCAAAAGAUUCCUGGAAAUGUGAUGUGUGUCUUUUGCAAAAUAAAGCAACAGAUAGCAAAUGUGUUGCAUGCAGUGCCCUCAAGCCAAAUGCAGCUGAGGCAGUGAAAGCACCUGUGGGAACUAGUGGUAGUAGUUCAGACAGAAGUAAAACCUCUGCAAGUGAGAGGGCACCCAGUCUCUUGGAAAAGUUUAAACCACCUUUGGGAACCUGGGAUUGUGACACUUGUUUAAUACAGAAUAAACCUGAACUUCUGAAGUGUGUGGCAUGUGAAACUGCAAAACCUGGGACUGGUGUUAAACCUGCCUUGACCUUGCCUUCUGUGGAAAAAAUAUUGACUCCAAGUAGUACAAGCUCCACUAGCAUCAGUACAGCAGUAUCUUCUCAGAUUCCUGUGUUGGGAUUUGGGGACAAGUUUAAAAAGUCAGAAGGAGCCUGGGAUUGUGAAACAUGCUGUGUGAGAAAUAAGGCAGAAGAUAUAAAAUGUGUUUGUUGCCAGAGUGCAAAACCAGGAGCUACAGCAACUCAGAGUGUGUUUCCCUCCAACACCACAACUGCUUCUUUACCAUCUGGUGGGUUGAUGGGUUUUGGAGACAAAUUCAAAAAGCCAGAAGGAAGCUGGGAAUGUAAUGCAUGUCUAGUGGAAAACAAACCUGAAGCCUCCGUAUGUGUAGCUUGUCAGACUUCUAAACCUGGAACUAAGGUGGAGCUGAAAGGAUUUGCACCACCUGCUUUGCCCACAACUACUGCAUCUCUUUUUACAUUUGGAGUUCCAUCUUCCGCAAGCACAGCUACAGCAGGUGUCAAGUUUGAAGAUUUUGGUGGAGUGAAAUUAGUUACACCUGCUGGAGACUCUGCCUCCUCUUCUCCUGGUGGAUUUGGUGGAAAAUUUAAAUUUGGAGUUGGGUCUUCUGAGAAAAAGACAGACAACAGUGAUAGGCCAUUAUCAAAGACAUUCGGUAGUGAAUUUAAAUUUAGUGCAUCAAAUGUUGCUUUUGGCACAGGAUGCAGCACUCUUCAGACAGACAGCAGCAGCGAUUCAGGUAAAGAGAUUUCUGCAGGAUUCUCUUUUGGACAGUCAGGCUCAUCUGAGGUAAAAGCAUCUGAAGGAAGAUUUAAGUUUGGUACUCCAAAUGAGAAAAAUGAUCUUGGGUCUUCAUCUACACCUACCUUUACAUUUGGAAAAACUGAUGAGAAGAAAGUCCCUGAGGAAAAGGUAUCAACACUGGGCUUUGGUUUUGGGAAGCCAAUAGAAAAAGAAGCUUGCACUUCUGUAGCCACCUGUACUACGUCAACCCCAACUGCAGUCAAUCCUACCUUUACAUUUGGAAAGAAUGAACAAAAACAGGACUCUAACACUGGCACCACCUUCACAUUUGGAAAAGAGGCAGAGGCACCAGCAUCACUUGGUUUCUCUUUCAAUAAGCAGCAACUGGCAGCCAAAGACGACAUCAAAUCGCCCUUUGAGUUAGGUAAAACAGCAGAGAAGCAAGAGACUGUCGAACAGCCUAAACCUUCCUUUACAUUUGGAGUUGCUUCAGCAGCUACAGAUUCAGCUUCUUCUAAACCAGGGUUCAAUUUUCUAUUACAAGCCACAAGCUCGCCGGCAGCCCUCAGCACCACCACUGUGUUUGGGAGUGCCAGUUCUGCUCUCACAACUACUCCAGCAUCAACAUUUGUGUUUGGAAAGAAUAGUAUAUCUAGCAGUGGAUUUGCAAGUGGAGUGUCUGAUUCCACACCUUCUAAACCUUUUAUGUUUGGCUCUCAGGACAACAAACCCUCUACAACUCCUUCUACUGCAGCUAUUACACCCUUUAUUUUUGGAGCUGCUAAUACAUCUGCGUCAGCAACCACCUUUAAUUUUGGGUCUGCAGUCACUGGAUCAACCAGUAGUACAGCUGCACCACCUCCGUUUGUUUUUGGAUCAGGUGUUUCAAAGCCCAAUGCUACUCCUGCCUUUGGUUCUAGUCCAGUUCCUUCAUUUGGACAAGGCUCAUCCCAGCCCAGUGCCCCGUCUUUUGGCUCUACAUCAGCUUCUCUUUUCCCAGCUAGCACAUUUGGGUCUCAGGCUGCAAACAGUCAGCCUCCUCCUGCAUUUGGACAGCAACCCAAUCAGACACCUGCCUUUGGUUCAAGUGUUGCUGCUGCUUCUGGCCCAGCAGCUGGUGGCUUUCAGUUUGGCAGCACAAGCAGUUUUGGUGAAAGCAACAGCGGAGUUUUUGCUUUUGGUGGAAAUCCUGGUGCUUCUACAUCAACUGCAAAAUCGUCUCCACCAGGAGGUUUCCAGUUCAGUCAGACACCAACUUUUAAUAUUGGGACUACAAAAAGUAUGACAAGUUCAACAUCUGGACGGAAAAUCAAAACUGCUCUCAGACGCAGAAAGUAACCGAGGGUCUGAAUUGGUUGCAGAACAUGUUUUCAGAUGUUCAUGGAAAUCUCUGCUGGAUUUUUAUUCUCAUUUCUCCCCUCACCUAUUUCUACAUUUACUGACUUUAAUCAGGCCCUAAGUCUACCUGGGACAGAGUAAAGUGGGCUACCUUCAUGUCCAUGUCCUCUCUGUUAGGUGAAGGGCCAGCCAAAAGAAAACGUGGACUUGAGUGGUGGAAUGGCAUUGUUGAAAUGUCCUGCUUUGUACUGAAGUAUUUCAUCUGCACCACUAGAUAGUAUCAUUUUUCACAGCAAAACCUUUCCUUUUUUCUUUCUUGUAUUCCUUCUGCAUUUGACUGUGUAUAGACUGAAGUGUGUGCUAGUGAUCAAUGGCUGGACCUGGCUGCUAUGUGGUGCGAGAUACAGAUGGAUAUAUGAUGUGUGCUUGGCUGUCUUUGUACAGAGUUUUCACUGGGGGAGGCUUGCUUGAAAGCCCAAGGACUUGUAAACAUUUCUUUCUUUCUUUCUUUCUUUCUUUCUUUUCUUCGUUUCUUCCUGUCAAUGUUAUCUUAAUUUCCUUUUUUCACUCUCCCCCGAACCUGAUCCUUCACAAUUUUAUUAAACUUAUGUAAAUACAGAAUGAUUUUGCGCUCUAUCAUAUAAUGAUCUUUGAACUUGAAAUUUUAAUUUUUUUUUGUGUUACAGCUUCUUUUGUUUCUUUUUUGUGUUUAGAUUUUAUGUAAAUCCCAUUAUUCAGAGUUACGUAAUCCAUUUAAAAAAAAAACAAACUUUAAAGUAAAUUGGAAAUUCUUUAAAGAUAUAUGAUUAUAUUGGCUUUAAUGAUCCACUUUUGUUUGGACCAAAACCAGUAUUGUACAAAGUAUUAAGUAUAUAUAUUUUUAUAUUUGUUUUAAAUGGACUGCGGCGACUUUGGAUAAUAAGGAUUCUGUUUAUUACUAAAUUCUUGUUUACUACAAUUCGAUUAACGAUUUGAAAUCAUGAGGUAACUGCCAUCAGUAAAAAAUGUCAAUAGAAGCGUGUUUUGGUUUCCCUUGACUCUGAUGCACGUUAUUUAAAGGUGAAUCUGGGAAACAGCACAGAUCAUUGGAGUUUUAUAUAAUAAAAUGUUAACUGAUCCUACAUAA